AUGAGCAAUGAAACGCAGUUAUCGAAACACGGUGAAGAAGCGGUGCCGUCGACCGUCGGCAGCCAAGCCGGCUCUUGCGGCGGCCGCGGCUCCUCGGCGGCGCCCGGUCAUUGGACAAGGGAAGGAACCACUUCCGGACGGCCCCUCCCCUUACGGCCCCUCUUCCUCCGCCAAUACGACUUUCCACCAACUUAUGCACCCCAUUCGCCAGGUUGUACGCGUAACAAUUUCACCGAGCGAAGCGACGCAGAAAAGUAUCGUGAGGUCAUGUUGAACAGAGGCUGGGAUUCCCCAGCUUUUGCCCAUUGUGAACCAAACACAGGAAGAUCUCAGCUCGAGCUCCAGGUGUAUAGAGAGCUCCAAAUCAGAGACACAACCACCAAGCAAAAGCGUCAAGGUUUCGUUAACGGUCAGCGGGAACUAGGAACUAGUACGGGGGUUAAUAAGAGGUAUUAUAUUGACACUCCCACCCCCUAUAUCGGAGUGGAAGAUCCUCAAGGAUUACAAUACGCCGUGAGCCGUUGGUAGAUCAUCAACUUCUCCCUGUCCAGUCCGGCCAGGUUCCGGAUGGGAGGCAUGGGAGGGUGUGUAGGUAGCUCAAGGGCGGAAUCAAGUCCCGUCAUGAGGGAUAGGGGGAGACGCGGGGGUAACACUCACCUAUUCACCUACUUUAUUUGUAUCUACUUGAUCCAUACCUUACCUUACCUUACCGCCAUGUUCCAGACUUCCAGGCGCGUGUAGUGCACC